AUACAUCCGGCGGUGUGUAAAGAUUGUGAUACGUCACACGUUUUGUCUGACAAUUUAAAGUCCGUUCGUAUUUGUUCUUGUUUGAACAUCUAUAGUAUUAACAUUGAAGUUUUAAUCAUUUUAAUAUUUGGGACACAAACCCAGUUACGAAUAACGGCAAAAUGGCUACCUUUUGUGAAGCUGGAUUUGUUGCUCUUCUAUUUUCCUGUUUACUGCAGUUUAUUGGUGCAGAGACAUACUGCUACUACAGAUAUUACUACAGGAAAUACUACUGCUACUAUUAUAUGGAGAGCGACUCUGUGGGAGGAAUUGUAGCGGGGUCGAUUGCCUUAGUAAUUAUCAUAGUGGUGGUCAGUGUCGUGGUCAGGGCCAAGCAUAGACAGUCAGUGGUGACGCCCAUCUCGUCAGGGGGCGCUCACAUCAGUACAGUCAACACAAAUAUCAACACAAACAUACACGUUCCUCCACCCCCACACCCAGGAUACGGUCCCCCGCAGCCUAUGGAAGGGUACAUGCCUCACCCCAACCAACCGAUGUACCACGGGGGAAACCCUGCGUAUCCCCCCGGGCACUACUGAUAACUCUCCUGUGGAGGGUGAAAGGGGAUAACGGUCCACAGACAAAUGAAAUAGAUAAAUUGUUUACUGCAAUCAACACGUAUUGAAUAUUGUACAUAGCGUUUAAAACAGUGGAUUUCAAAAUCAUAUCAUUUCACCUUAACUAUAACUUGGAAAUAGCGUAUUUUAAAAAAAUGAUAUUUCAUCAUUUUACCUUAUAGUUUUGGAACAAAAGUACCUGAGCAUGCGUAGACAAUGUAUAAUUACAUUACAUUUGUGAAGUGUCUUUGUAAGGAUGUUCCUUUUCCUUCGUCUUUGGAUUUUAGCACUUCUCCUUAUACGUAAGUGAUAGGAAUAAAAUUAUGUACAGCAUAUGCUGGUCAUGUAAGCAGAUCUAUAUAUAGACUGUAGUGAAAUUUUAUAUGGGCAAAUGUAAGUACUACAAUGUUCUGACAAUUUAUUGCAUACAAAAGCUAUUACAUUAUACCAAAUUAUAUAAGUAUGCCUAGUUAAAACACUCCACAAAAUCAUUCAGUAUGCAAAAUUGCAAUUGCAUAUAAUUUUCAUGGGUUUUUUUAUUUAUAUAUUUAUUGAGUUUUUCUUGAUGUUAAUUUUUUUUUAUAGUCUAUAUAUUGUUUAUUGAUAUUAAAUGAGCAAAGUACACCUUUGUUUUCUAUUUACAAUAUACUGCUGUUCUACUUCCACUACACCAAGUUUGAUAUUCACUGGCCUAAAACCAACUGUUACACUUGCAUAUCCUUACUGGAUGCUCGCAACGUUCCAUUAUAAUUAGAUUACCUGAAUGUCCUGUGCGCACCUGUAAAGGAGGAUGGUUUUGCCUUUUGCUUUGUCCUGUUCGACCAUCCUGAAAAACUAGUAUCUGUUGAUUAUCAACUUGUUUGUCUAAUUGUAGAUCUUGUUUGUCUAAUUGUAGAUCUUGUUUGUCUAAUUGUAGAUAUUGUUUGUCUGAUUGUAGAUCUUGUUUGUCUAAUUGUAGAUCUUGUUUGUCUAAUUGUAGAUCUUGUUUGUCUAAUUGUAGAUCUUGCACCUCUUUUGUUGGUUGAGUUUCUGAAAAAUGUACCAGAGCCCGACAUCACAAAAAUGUUUGAAUCACUACACUUUAAUUAGUUCUCAAAUAACGCCAAUCUUUGAAAGUAAAUUGCAUAAAUUUGACAAUGCUGGGGGCUGGACUUGAAGAAAGUUGUUGUCUGCUUCUUAAUCGCUAAUCUUCUGUACUGCUGCAACGGCAGCCAUUUAUAUGGUGAAUUGUGUUUCGUCAAUCUCGCAGCAUUUCAUAAAAAAAAAGAAUCAAUGAAUAAAUGUGUAGGGCCUUAUGAUAUCAAUUAUCAUUAAAUUCACAUGCCAAAAUAUAUAUGUAUAUGCGUUUCAUUAUAGAUAUAUAUUAAAAGCAAAUAUGAGUGUCGACAUUAUGAGAAGAAGUAGCAUAUCAUAAAAUACGUUUUUGAAAAGGAACAUUUUGUAAUUUUGUGGGACAGCGUAAAGAAAUAAUUUGAAACCAAACAUUGAAUUCCCCUACGACAAAUUAUUUAUCCAAACUAGUACCUAGUAAAUAUGAAUGAUAAUUAUUGUAUGUUCACAUUUUGUUGCUAUCUUUUAAAAUGUUACAUUUUGGUGAUUUUUUUCCAAAUAAAGGCAGAUAUAUUAAAAAAACUGUUGAGAAAACAGUUUGAUUGAAAUGAUUUUACACAGAUAAUCACCGCACAUGCUCCCAGCUAACGUUCAAAUCUGAGAGAUUUAUUCCGCGAUAACAAUAUGACCCUAUGAUGACUUAAAUGCAUGCGCAGAUCUAGAGCCCCCCCCCCCCCCCCCCCCCCCCGAAAAUUCAAAUUUCUAAAAUUACUGAAAAUAUGUCUCGGACCCCUCCCCACUGAAACCUGAAAACUUGAAUAUACCCGAACCCCUGAUUUUUUUAAUGGCUCCGCACAUGAAAUAUUUCAGAACAGAAUAAUUAAUAUGGUUCGUUUACGAGAAAAUUUUGCGUACACAUCUGAUAAGUACUUUAGAAAAAAAAGGGAUAAGGUCAUUGCCUUUAUAUACAGUUUCAAAUUGAUAAAUUACAUUGUAUUAUGCACGGUCCACAUUGAUAGAGAGGUUCUCGUGGUUUUAAAUCACGAUGACUGUUUAAUUUUGUUUAAAACAAUUAUUGUGAUAGAUUGUUAUCAUAUAAAGUUUAAAUGGAGUAGGCCGUCACUAAUGCUUGUAUCGGUGAACCGUGGAAAAUUCAACAAAGAGGACGGGUCUGUCGCAUCACAAACCGAAGGAGGCUGUCGAUUUUUUUAGUCGCAAUACACCCUAGGAUCGGGGCCAUAGUGGUCGGGGUCACAGCUGUCCUAGUGAUAGGUAUCCUGGUCGUGUAUGUCAUCAAAGCAAACCUUAAACGGUCACGUGCAAUUAGUGUUAGACCAGUCACCAAGGUCCACUACUCCAAGGGACAGACCAGUGGUCACGUGUCCAUCAUUCACUUGUCUGAUGGCCACGGCGGUAAUCCGAGUAUAUUCAUAUCUUCCUACCCCUAGCUCAAUGUGACUGGGUUCCCAGUGUGACUACAGGGGACCUAGAUGUCCGUCGCCUGUAUUGGUGUGUUCAAACCCAGGAACCAUCCCGCUUUCUCCCUGGGACAAAUUUCCUUUCACAGAAAACCAUCCAGAGUGGCUAAUAUUGCUAAUUUAUACGUGCCAUCUUCCCUGAAUCUAUCAUAUGCAUCUAAUUGUCAAAAAUUGGUUAUAAUAUCAAGAAAUUGAAUCCUUAGAUAAAUAAAUUGCUGUUUUGCUGUUGUCAUAUGUAUAUAUAACUAUUACAUCUAUCAGUUUACUUACAAGUGUGCAAUCUUUUGAGUUAUCCGUUGUGUAAUACAUGUAUAUAAAGUUUUUACGUUAAGUUUG